AUGGCGUCGUCGUCAAAUGGUGAUACCAAAACCACCCACAAGGGAAAGAAAGUGGUUACGACCAUCGGAUCCGUUGCCGCGGUCACGAUGGUGGCUCGCACUAUCUUAAUUGAUUACUGUCCACCUGAGGUCCGAGACUACCUUUACUCGGGCCUAAGGGAUUUCUUGGACAAGUUUUCAACGGAUAUGACGAUGGUGAUCGAAGAAUUCUUCGGGUUUGGACAAAACGAGCACUUCACGGCGGCUCAGACGUAUCUGUUAGCUUGUAUAUCUUCCAACCUUCAAUGUGUGAAGAUCGGUAAAAACCAUGGAGACACAAACACCACGAUGUCACUGGAAACAAGCAAGAGUUUCACGGAUACCUUCAAAGGAGUGAAGAUGAAGUGGUUUUUGGCUUCAAAGAAGACACCAAUGACGAGAGUGUAUUACAAUGAAGAUGAUUCUGGAUCUUCCAGCAGAUCCGAUCAAGGGUCGUUUGAGCUUACAUUUCAUCGGAAACAUAAAGAUAUGGUGUUGAAAGAGUAUCUCCCGUUUAUCAUGAACGUUGCAAGGGCUGUGAAACAAGAGGAAAAGACGGUGAAGCUGUCCACCGUAGAUAUGAGCAGGUGGAAGUCCGUUAAUUUUGACCAUCCGGCUACGUUUGACACACUGGCAAUCGAACCUGAUGUGAAGGCGAUGGUCAAGAAUGAUUUGGAUAUGUUUCUGGAGAGUAGAGACUUUUACAGGAAAAUCGGUAAAGCUUGGAAGAGAGGCUACUUGUUGUACGGUCCCCCAGGGACUGGGAAGUCAUCCAUGAUCGCAGCCAUCGCUAACUACUUGAAGUUUGACGUGUAUGACUUAGAGUUGACAGCCGUACAGUCAAACUCGGAACUGCGGAGGUUGUUGCUAGCAACCGCCAACCGCUCCUUACUGGUGGUUGAAGACAUCGAUUGUUCAAUCGAGUUGCACGAUAGAGCCGAGGAGGGCAGUGUGAGUAACCGCCACAAGGUUAGUAUUUGGUCUACCGAUUUGAAAUUUUUGGCCAUGUCAAUAGGUGAUAUAAUUUCUUGGGAAUUGGGGUUUCCAAAGCUAAAUAACAUGAUAAAUAACCAACCCUUUCUAGGUUCAGAUUCUUCGAUGUUCGGGUUAAAUGGUUGGGUUUUAUUGGGUUGGGUAACGUUGUCCGGAUUUCUCAACUUCAUUGAUGGUCUAUGGUCAAGCUGUGGUGACCAGCGAAUCAUCGUCUUCACAACAAACCAUAAGGAAAAACUUGACCCUGCACUCCUUCGCCCUGGUCGCAUGGAUGUUCACAUCAACAUGUCCUACUGCACCGUGUCCGGAUUCAGGCUGAUGGCAUCAAACUACCUGGGUGUCAGCAAUCAUGAUGCUUUUGAAAAGAUUGAGCAUCUGAUCGGGGGUAGUUUGGAGAUCACGCCUGCUGAAGUGGGCGAGCAACUGCUGAGAUUUAGAGAUCCCGACGUUGCCCUUGGUGGUCUCCUCCAGUAUAUGGAUCUGAAGAAGAAACAUGAGAUCAGUGAAGACCUGCAAUUCAUGAAUUAAUGGUGAGUCAGUCUGAUGAUGUUUGGAUAUUAGACUAAACAUACGCUCUACAACUCUAAAUUA